CGAAAGGCCACCUUGCCCGCGACAUCCUGGGAAGGAGGUGGAGGUUGGCUGGGUUCUCUGCGACCCAGGGCUAGGCAAAGGGGUGAGAGGAAAAGCGAAGACAGCCUGAGCCUGGUCUGUUGCCUCGCGGCUCUGGCCCUCUCUCCCUCUGGACCUGCUGACUUUGUUUGGAUUUAAUCUUCAGGUUGCCGGCGCCCGCCCGCCCGCUGGCCUCGCGGGGUGCGAGGAAAGCACCCGUGCUUGUGGCUGUCGCCGGACAGGUCCAGAUACCCGCCCAUCCGCGCCACUUACCCGCGGCAGCCGCGUCUCUGAACCGCGGGGUCGUGUUUGUGUUUGACCCGUGGGCGCCGACGGCGGGGCGCGCGGCCGAGGCCGGUGCCGGCGGGGAGGGGCGGGCGUGGCGGAGGCGGAGGAAGAGGGAGCGGGAGCCCUUGGAGGCCUGGCGCCGCCAUGGAACUGGGCCCGGAGCCCCCGCACCGCCGCCGUCUGCUAUUCGCCUGCAGCCCCCCUCCCGCGCCACAGCCCGUCGUGAAGGCUCUGUUUGGUACGCCAGCCGCCGGGGGACUGUCGCCUGUCACCAACCUGACGGUCACCAUGGACCAGCUGCAGGGUCUGGGCAGUGAGUCUGAGCAGCCACUGGAGUUGAGAAACAACAGUAAUCUGCAGAGAAUGGGUUCCUCCGAGUCCACCGAUUCAGGUUUCUGUCUGGAUUCUCCCGGACCCUUGGAUAGUAAAGAAAACCUUGAAAAUCCCGUGAGAAGAAUAAAUUCCCUACCUCAGAAGCUUCUGGGAUGUAGCCCAGCUCUGAAGAGGAGCCAUUCCGAUUCUCUUGACCAUGACAUCUUUCAGCUCAUUGACCAGGAUGAGAACAAGGAAAAUGAAGCCUUUGAGUUUAAGAAGCCAGUAAGACCUGCAUCUCGUGGCUGCCUGCAUUCUCAUUCACUCGAGGAGAGUAAAGAUCUCUGCACACAAAGGCAGAACUCUGCCCCAGCUCGGAUGUUUUCUUCAAAGGAAAGAGAUGGCAGUGAACCAGGGAAUUUUGUUCCUCUUUUUAUGCCUCAGUCACCUGUGACAGCCACUUUGUCUGAUGAGGAUGAUGGCUUCAUGGACCUUCUUGAUGGAGAGAAUCUGAAGAAUGAUGAGGAGACAUCAUCGUGCAUGGCAAGCCUCUGGACAGCUCCCCUUGUAAUGAGAAGAACUACAAAUGUCGGCAACCGAAGCAAGCUGUUUGACUUCCCUUCCCUGUGUAGCGCCAGCACUCGGUCAUCAUUGAAGAGACCAGAGCGAUCCCAAGAUGAGUCACCACCUGGAAAUACAAAGCGGAGAAAGAGCAUAUCUGGGGAUAGCCCCAAAGAAGCAGCUAGUCCAGAGAAGGCCCAGGAGAUUCCACAUCAGUCUUUAUCCCUGGUAUCUUCCCCAAAAGGAACCAUUGAGAACAUUUUGGAUAAUGACCCAAGGGACCUUAUAGGAGACUUCUCCAAGGGUUACCUUUUUCAUACAGUCGCGGGGAAACAUCAGGAUUUGAAAUACAUCUCUCCUGAAAUUAUGGCAUCUGUUCUGAAUGGCAAGUUUGCCAACCUCAUAAAAGAAUUUGUUAUCAUUGACUGCCGAUACCCAUAUGAAUAUGAGGGAGGCCACAUCAAGGGUGCGGUAAAUUUGCACAUGGAGGAGGAGGUUGAAGACUUCUUACUCAAGAAGCCCAUUGUUCCUACUGAUGGCAAGCGUGUCAUCGUUGUGUUCCACUGCGAGUUUUCUUCUGAGAGAGGUCCCCGCAUGUGCCGGUAUGUGAGGGAGAGAGAUCGACUUGGUAAUGAAUAUCCAAAACUUCACUAUCCUGAGCUGUAUGUCCUGAAGGGGGGAUACAAGGAGUUCUUCCUGAAAUGCCAAUCUCACUGUGAGCCUCCCAGCUACCGACCCAUGCACCAUGAAGACUUUAAAGAAGACCUAAAGAAGUUCCGCACCAAGAGCCGGACCUGGGCAGGGGAAAAGAGCAAAAGGGAGAUGUACAGUCGUUUGAAGAAGCUCUGAGGACAGUGGUGCCAGAUAGCAGCAGCCUCCGCUUCCUUCUUUCCCCAUCUUCCCCUCUUUGCUGCAGAGAAACUUGAGCAAAAGGGGCCAGCUGUGUGACAUUUGGAGAGAAGGCCUGGGGCUUCUGUGUCUUAAACCUACCUCCUGCACUCCCACGGCUGGAGCCCAGGCAUCCUGCUGGCUGUGCCUCUUCUGUCCCUAUAAGACAUCCUCCUUUCAUAUCAGGGCUAUCUGCCAAGGUUGUCAGGUGCCAUGGCACAGUUCUGAGCAUGUCAAGCUGUCCUACCCACAGUGGGAUGAAACGGCUGGGGCCUUAUUGGGGUUUGGCCUUCUCUUGGGAGAGAGAGAAAAGGGGAAUACAGAGAAGUAACAGAUAAAUGUUGCUGGCCAAAUAUCAAAGAAGCCCGAAAAGGAAAGGUCUUUGUGGGAUAAUCCAUAUCUUUAAUUUAUUCAACUUCAUCAAUCACUUUAUUUUUAUUUUUAUUUUUAUUUUUUUUAACUCUUGAGACUUACUUUACUGCUUUAUUAGGUCAAAAUACUGCCUUUCUUGGUAGGGUUUUAUCAUCCCCAGCACUACCUCAGCUUUUAAUU